ACUUGAAAGCAGGAAGUAAACAGUUUGUUUGGCGCAACGGUCAAGCGUAUUUAAAAACAAAACAAAAUUGACCAACGAGUUUUGCAUGUUUACUUUUCAGGUUUAAGAUCAUUUCGAGCUACAGUUGUACUAACUAGCUGCAUUUGAACGCAGUCGGCUGCCAUGGUGGUUUAUUUAUUAUGUAUGGUUUCCUGGAGAUGCAGGCAGGAGAGGGCGCCAAAGACCAGCAUCAGUUUCGCUUUCGUUUCCGUUUAAAUGCCCGAAACCAUCGGCUAAACUCCAGGAAAGUGGAAACGACCUACUGUCGUUGACGGCAUCUACGAAAAUGAACAUCGUCUCUAGACACAUAUUCACCUUUAUCUGCAAACACGAGGGCUGUACGGAUUAUGGUAAAGUCGAGAGGGAUUUGCGGCAGAGUAUCACGGUGGCGGAUCAGGUUUUGUCUCAGGUGCUCGACGAUCACCAGAGGUUUGUUAUAGUUCAGGAUGAAGACUCGAAUCCCAGAAGCUCCAUACCAGAUGCUGGCAGUCUGAUCUUAGCCAAAACUUCACUGCGACUGUGUAAACAUGACAAAUGUUCCGGGUGUGAAGACCUACACCUGUGUAGGUACUUUGUGUGUGGAAAUUGCAGAUUUGGGAUAAAAUGCAAAAAGUCCCAUGACUUGAUGUCAGCACAUAAUUCUGACCUCCUGGAGAAACAUCAUCUUCAUGGCCUUGCGCAUGGAGAGUUGUUUCAGCUUCUGCUUCAGAACGACCCCUCAUUACUUCCAGAGGUGUGCUCCCACUACAACAAGGGAAAUGGCGAAUAUGGCAGCUGUAAAUAUAAGACAUCCUGUACCAACCUGCACCUCUGCCUGCACUUCCUGCAGGACGACUGUAAGUUUGGAGCAGCUUGCAAAAGGGCCCACAGCUUCGAUGCAAAUGCUCUGAAAAUCCUGAAUGCCCGAGGACUCGGUCCAGAAAACAUGCGAAAACUCCACAGACUUUACAAGACCAAGUUACUGAUUGCUUCUUCAGCUUUCAAGAAGAGUGAGACAGUAGCUCUACCUGCAGUGAAAGGACGCACCAGACACAAAUCCAGUAGCUCCGUCAGUGAAGCGGAUCACAAUGAAAUCUGUCUCUUUUUCAUACGCACUGGAUGUAGUUUCAAAGACAAGUGUGCCCGUUUUCACCACCAUCUACCCUAUAAAUGGCAGAUAUUACAGAAGGAUGGGAUUACGUGGGGUGACUUGCCAAAUGAAGAGGAGAUUGAGAAGACGUACUGCAGUCCGGCUAAUGUUUUGUGUAUUACUGAGAGCAGCACAGGGCAUCAGGUAGUGGACUUUAUGUCAAUGACAUGUGGAGUGUCAGAUGUGCGUCGACUGUCCACAGCAUCUUCUGUUACUAAACCCCCUCACUUCAUUCUGACCACUGAAUGGAUCUGGUACUGGAGGAAUGACAAGGGAGAUUGGACAGAGUAUAGCAAAGGGGAAGAUUCUAAACUUGUGGCGUCAGUCACUUCAGAAGAUCUUGAGAAACAGUACCUGGCUGACAAUGAAAAGGAAAUCUCAUUCACUUCACAGAACCAUCAAUACAUCCUCAAAUUUAAAGAGAUGUGCCAGCAAAAUCUGAAGUACAAAACUGAAAGAGACGUUAGAAGACGACCACGUUUUGUUUCUGCCCAAGAUGUGAAGAGCAAAAUCAAGGGAAGUGAGUCUCCAGACAGCUCAGCAUCUUCUUCUGUGGAAGUUCCACCUUACUGGGACAAAGGAGCUCUUGAUAACUUCACAUACAAGACUGUUCCUCUGCAAAGCUCUUCCAAGGAAUACCAAAGGGUGAGCUCAAUGUUUAGUAGAACACUGUCCAGAAGCAUCAUUCACAGGAUUGAAAGAGUGCAGAAUCUCUCUCUCUGGAGGGUCUUUCAGUGGCAAAAAGAACAGAUGAAUAAGAGAAAUGGAGGGAGUGCAAUUGACCAGCGUUACCUUUUCCAUGGUACAGAUGAGUCUCUCAUAGCAGCAAUUUGUGAGCAAAACUUUGACUGGAGGAUCUGUGGAAGUCACGGGACACUUUAUGGGAAAGGCAGCUAUUUUGCCAGAGAUGCUUCAUACUCUGACAAAUAUGCAAAAUCCAGGAACGGCAAGACCAAGAAAAUGUUUGUGGCACUGGUGCUGGUGGGAAACUUCACAAGGGGUAACAAUACUUUAGUUCGUCCUCCACAGAAACCCAACAGCCAAGGCUUUUAUGACAGCUGUGUUGACAAUGAGACUAACCCAGCCAUUUUUGUUGUGUUUGAGAAAUUCCAGAUCUAUCCUGAGUACAUCAUUGAAUACUCUUAAUUUGUAUAGUAAAGGUCUCCUUAUUUCUUGAAAGUCCUGUUACACAGACGAUUUUUGUUAACAUCAUUGAACAUAACUAAAAUCUACAACUCUUGGGCAUCUUCUUUCAAGUAAAUUUUGUUGGGAUUACGUAAUGGGUAACCGUGUUUUAUCAUAAUUAAUUUUACUAAUAAAUCCUCUGUGACACACUCCACUGUGCAGUAAAAACAAAAAAAAGGUAAAAACAAAAUAGCAGGAUUUUAUGUAGAGGUCUUUAUGUAUUAACUGUGAUUGUAUUUCAUUGUUGGCUAUUGGACUGGGGAGGGUUUUAUAUAGCCAAAAGUUCACCACUAACUAUCAAUCAAUAAAUAAUCAAUUUUAUUGCACUAGAUGAAAACAGUAUGAAAAGUAAAUGAUUUAGUUACAAUUGUAUGAAUACUGAGCAUUACUCAUGACCAAUUUAUUUAGAUUAUGUAAUUCAUGUUCAAUGUAUUUUAAUGCUGAAUAAGGUAAAUGGAAUUAAAGUACUGAUACUGUUACAAACUAUUAUUUUCAUUAUUGUAAAAAUGUAUUUUAUUAGAAAUGGGUGAGGUUGGAUCAAGUCAGUGAGUUAAACUUUAACUUGAAUUUUUUUUUUUCUUUUUUUUACAAUAUUAUUAAUAAUAAUCGGAUCAGUCCAUUAAAAAAAAUCAACAACAAAACAAAAUUGGCUACUUCUCUCAUGAAUGUGCUAAGAAAAACUAGGGUGGAUGUCUACAACUUAAAUCUCGGUCAGUCUGCACAUCAGUCUCUGAGCUGGUAUUUGACUUUGAACCUUUGCUUACUGUUUCCACCCGUCUCAUUCCUGGACCUUUGGGAAAAUGCUGAUAUGCAAAGAACAGCACAGCUAUAAGCAAUAAGUUUGACAAACAACCAGGAACGAUUUGCAGCAUUUAAUACCCAAAACAAAAUCACAGAUUAAGAGACAGGCAAAAGGAAGCAGGACAUUUACCAGGAAAUCACAGAUAUUGUACAUUUUCUAGUCACUGUGACCUCUAGUGGUUAAACUGAGAAGUGAAGUCUUGGAAAACGCCUUUUCUGACCAAGAACUGUCCCUUUUUCCAGUAAAUUGGUUUUAUUUACCAUGACAAGCACUCAAAGAGUUGUUCUUCUGUCAAUCAAACCUUUAAACGCUCUGUUGUUUAAAGCUCCCGAAAUCAUAACAUUUAUACAUUCCUUUGAUGUGUGAAUCUAAGAUGCUUUGUAAUUGAAGACAACUACAUAUAUUCUGACUGAUAAACUAUCUUCGGACUAUC